AUGGACCGCAUGGGCACUCGGGCCGGCGAACCACAGCUCCUACCUCCGGCCACACUACCCACGUACACGGGUCACGACGACCCGCAUCCGGACGAAAGUUUGCUCGAGUACGUCCGGACGAUGCAGGAACUGCAUCGCCGAGCAGCACCGACUGCCUCGGAAAGGGACCAAGUGGUGGGCAGCGUGGACGGUCACCCGAGCCGAUACGCGGCCACCCUGCGAGUGCAGCAGCACGGCCAAGAGAUCAUCCAGGACCUCGCAUCAAUGGUUAAGGAGCUGCUGCUCCGCUUCUACAGGUCUACGAAAAUGAAGCCAGUGCGCAUCGUCAUCUACAGAGACGCCGUCUCUGAGGUCCAGUUUGGGCACUUGCUGACCCAAGAAAUACUGGCGGCUCGCGAGGCGUGCCUCAGGAUCGAAACGAGCUACAAGCCGGGAAUCACGCUUGUCGCCGUUCAAAGGCGCCACCACACGCGCUUCUUCUGCGCCGACAAGAAGGGGCCGACUGGCGGCAACAUGCCUGCUGGCACCACGGUCGACACGGAUGUCGCGCACCCCUUGCGGUUCGACUUCUACCUCUGCUCUCAUACGGGCAUCCAGGUGAGCUUCUCCAUUCUCUGUUUUUCCAACCGGUGGACGCAUUUAGGCCACGCCCAAAUAGCGAUUGAUUGCACCGAUUAAAUCUUCCAGAUGCGACGAAAGAAAUGAGCAGUAAGGAACGCAGCCUCCUUGUUAAAUUGCUAUGCGCUAGCUAGCCAGCCGAAGCCAGAUAAUAUGAAAUCGACCUGUCUGUAGGUGGUGUUGGCCUAAACAGUCUUCUUAAUGGACUUUCUUCUCUUUGCUUGACAUGGCGUGAACGUAUACGUGCGACAUUAGAACUUCAGCAGCUGUGCGUACAUCAAUAUAAUUUCAACUUUAGUUUCAAGGGAAGUGUGAAAAAAAGAUGCAGUAUGAACUAGGCCCCUCUGAAUAGAGCACCUGU